AUGUCUACAUCUCGUAUUAAGAAGCAAAAACUCUCGAGUUUCUUCAUGGCACAGAAUCUCAUUGAUGGUGUAUUUGUACCACCAAAAGAGAACAAGUACAUUGAUGUGAUUUGUCCAUCAACUGGUCAAGUCAUUGGUCAAUGUGGAUUAUCCAAUGACGACGACGUGAAACUGGCAGUAGCGAAAGGUCAAGAAGCUUUUCUUCCAUGGCGACAGACAACUGUCAAGACUCGUGCAGCUAUUAUGCUCAAAUUCCAUGCACUUAUGAUACAACACCAAGAUGAGCUGGCGGAUCUUGUUGUCCAGGAGAAUGGGAAAAACCGGACCGAGGCCCUUGCGAGUGUUUUAAAAGGCACUGAGACAGUGGAAUACGCAUGCAGUCUGCCUCAAUUAAUACAGGGACGAAUUUUACAAGUUUCACGUGGAAUUACAUGCCAAGAAGUUCGUGAUCCACUAGGAGUUGUGGCCUGUAUUGUACCGUUUAAUUUUCCUAUUAUGGUGCCCAUGUGGACAAUUCCUAUUGCUUUAACAAUGGGAAAUUGUGUCAUUUUAAAACCAUCCGAGAAGGUACCAUUGACUAUGGCACGUGUAGCAGAGCUUUUGGUGGAAGCAGGAGUUCCAAAGGGAGUUUUUCAGGUUGUCAAUGGCACGAAGGAUCCAGUGACUAGUUUGUGUGAUCAUCCUGGUGUUGCUGCUGUUACAUUUGUUGGCUCAAGUCAUGUGGCACAACUCGUUGCUCGUCGUUGCCGGGCGCUUGAUAAGCGUGUGCUUGCACUUGGGGGAGCCAAAAACCAUCUCGUCGCUCUUCCAGAUGCGGACAUUGACGUCGCUUCCAAGGACAUUGUUGCAUCGUAUGCAGGCUGCACUGGGCAGCGAUGCAUGGCAGCAUCAGUUUUGUUGCUCGUGGGAGAUUGCUCGGCACUACUUGACAAAAUCGUCGAAAAGUCGAAGGAGUUAACUCGCGGGACUGAAGCUGGUCAGAUUGGCGCUCUCAUUGAUGAGACGUCGAAGACACGUGUGCUGAAGUACAUUAACGAAGCAGAGGCUGCUGGUACAAAAAUACUGGUGGAUGGUCGACCGUGGUCGAGAGAGUCCAAGGGAUUUUGGGUGGGACCUACCGUGCUGCUUCAUACGAACCCGAAGGACGCCGCAAUGACAGACGAGAUCUUUGGUCCAGUACUUUCGGUAUAUCAUGUGAACUCGUUUGACGACGCGCUUCAGAUCGAGAACAGCAAUGCUUAUGGGAAUGCAGCAGCUAUCUACACGUCAAAUGGAGCUUACGCUGAGUAUUUCCAGUCGCGUUUCCGUGCUGGUAUGAUUGGAGUCAACAUCGGGAUUCCCGUGCCGCGCGAGCCCUUCAGUUUUGGUGGCAUGUACGGCACGAAGAGCAAGUACGGUGACAUGGACAUUACGGGUGACGGGUGCAUAGAGUUUUUCUCUACGCGACGUAAGAUCACUUUCAAGUGGAGCACGGUCAUUAACCCAGGUGAUGUGGCUAACUUUAGCGGUCAGCUAUAG